AUGCUGGAAAAGUUCUGCAACUCUACUUUUUGGAAUUCAUCAUUCCUGGAUAGUCCGGAGGCAGACCUGCCCCUUUGUUUUGAGCAAACUGUUCUCGUGUGGAUUCCCUUGGGCUUCCUUUGGCUCCUGGCGCCUUGGCAGCUUCUCCAUGUGUAUAGAUUCAGGAGUAAGAGAUCUUCUGUAAACAAACUCUACCUUGCUAAGCAGGUCCUCGUUGGGUUUCUUCUUGUUCUAGCAGCCAUAGAGCUGGCCCUUGUACUCACAGAAGACUCUGGACAAGCCACAGUCCCUGCUAUUAGAUAUACCAACCCAAGCCUCUACCUAGGCACAUGGCUCCUGGUUUUGCUGAUCCAACACAGCAGGCGAUGGUGUGUACAGAAAAACUCUUGGUUCCUGUCCGUAUUCUGGAUCCUUUCAAUACUCUGUGGGACUUUCCAGUUUCAGACUCUGAUCCGGACACUCCUACAGGGCAGCAAUUCCAAUCUGGCUUACUCCUGCCUGUUCUUCAUCUCCUAUGGAUUCCAGAUACUCAUCCUGAUCCUUUCAGCAUUGUCAGAAAAAAAUGACUCAUCAAACAAUCCAUCAUCCACAGCUUCAUUUCUGAGUAGCAUCACCUUUAGUUGGUUUGACAGCAUGAUUCUGAAAGGUUACAAGCACCCUCUGACACUCGAAGAUGUCUGGGAUAUUGGUGAAGAGCUUAAAACCAAGACGGUAGUGAGCAAGUUUGAAACACACAUGACAAGAGAGCUGCAGAAAGCCAGGAGGGCAUUCCAGAGACGGCAGCAGAAGAAUUCCCAGCAGAACUCUGGAGCCAGUCUGCAUGGCUUGAACAGGAGUCAAAGCCAAGAUGUCCUUGUCCUGGAAGAAGCUAAAAAGAAAAAAAGGAAGUCUGGGCCCACAAAAGACUUUCCCAAGUCCUGGUUGGUCAAGGUUUUCUUCAAAACUUUCUAUAUGGUGCUCCUGAAAGCAGUCCUACUGAAGCUAGUGUGUGAUGUCUCCUCAUUCCUGAGUCCUCAGCUGCUGAAGUGGAUGAUCUCCUUUGCAAAUGACCGUGAUGCAUACGUGUGGACUGGAUAUAUCUAUGUGAUCCUCUUAUCUGCUGUGGCUCUCCUCCAGUCUCUCUGCCAACAAUAUUAUUUAUAUUUGUCCUUUGUGCUGGGCAUGAGUGUACGAACCAUCAUCAUGGCUUCAGUAUAUAAGAAGGCACUGACUCUAUCCAACUCAGCCAGGAAGCAGUACACUGUUGGAGAAACAGUGAACCUGAUGUCCGUGGAUGCCCAGAAACUCAUGGAUGUGGCCAGCUUCAUGCACAUGCUGUGGUCAAGUGUUCUGCAGAUUGUCCUAUCCAUCUACUUCCUGUGGAGAGAGUUGGGACCUUCGGUGUUAUCAGGUGUCGGGGUGAUGGUGCUCCUUAUCCCAGUUAAUGGGAUAUUGGCCGCCAAGAAUAAGGCUAUUCAGGCCAUAAAUAUGAAGAAUAAGGACAAACGUUUAAAGAUCAUGAAUGAGAUUCUCAGUGGAAUCAAGAUCCUGAAAUAUUUUGCCUGGGAACCUUCAUUCAAAGACCAAGUUCACAACCUUCGGAAGAAAGAGCUCAAGAACCUGCUGACCUUUAGUGUGAUGCAGGCUAUAAUGACAUUCCUCUUAUACUUAACUCCAGUCCUGGUGUGUGUAGUCACAUUUUCUGUUUACGUCCUGGUGGACAGCAAUAAUAUUUUGGAUGCAGAAAAGGCCUUCACUUCCAUCUCCCUCUUCAAUAUCCUGCGCUUUCCCAUGGGCAUGCUUCCCAUGGUGAUCUCCACCAUGCUCCAGGCCAGUGUUUCCAUAGACCGUCUAGAGAAGUACUUGGGAGGGGAUGACCUGGACACAUCUGCCAUUCGACAUGACUGCAAUUUUGACAAAGCUGUGCAGUUUUCUGAGGCCUCCUUUACCUGGGAACAAGACUUGGAAGCCGCAGUCCGAGAUGUGAACCUGGAUGUUAUGCCAGGCCAAUUGGUGGCUGUGGUGGGCCCUGUGGGCUCUGGGAAAUCCUCCUUGAUAUCAGCCAUGCUGGGAGAAAUGGAAAAUGUCCACGGGCACAUCAUCAUCAAGGGCACUACUGCCUAUGUUCCACAGCAGUCCUGGAUUCAGAAUUGCACCAUAAAAGACAACAUCCUUUUUGGAUCAGAGUUGAAUGAAAAGAGGUACCAGCAAAUUCUGGAGGCCUGUGCCCUCCUCCCAGACUUGGAAAUGUUGCCUGGAAGAGACCUAGCUGAGAUUGGAGAAAAGGGUAUAAAUCUCAGUGGGGGUCAGAAGCAGAGGAUCAGCCUGGCCAGAGCUGUCUAUCAAAAUUCAGACAUCUAUAUUCUAGAUGACCCCUUGUCUGCAGUGGAUGCUCAUGUGGGAAAACACAUUUUCAAUAAGGUCUUGGGCCCAAACGGCCUGUUGAGAGGCAAGACUCGACUCUUGGUUACACAUAGCAUUCACUUUCUUCCCCAAGUGGAUGAGAUUGUGGUUCUGGGGAACGGCACCAUCUUGGAGAAAGGAUCCUACAGCACUCUGAUGGCCAAGAAAGGAGUGUUUGCCAAGAACCUGAAAACUUUCAUAAAACGUACGGGUCCUGAAGGGGAGGCCACAGUCUAUGAUGGCAGUGAGGAAGAAGAUGAAGACUAUGGGCUGGCACCCAGUGUGGAGGAAAUCCCUGAGGAUGCAGUCUGCUUGGUCAUGAAAAGGGAGAACAGCCUUCGUGGAACACUUAGCCGCAGUUCUAGGUCCAAAGGCAGGCAUCCAAAGUCCCUGAAAAACUCCUUGAAAAUUCGGAAUGUGAAUACCCUGAAGGAGGAGGAAGAACCAGCGAAAGGACAAAAACUAAUUAAGAAGGAAUUCAUGGAAACCGGAAAGGUGAAGUUCUCCAUCUACCUGCAAUACCUACAGGCAAUAGGAUGGUAUUCAGUAUCCUUCAUCAUCUUUGCCUUCGUGAUGAAUUCUGCAUCUUAUAUUGGAUCCAAUCUCUGGCUCAGUGCUUGGACCAGUGACUCAGAAAUCUUCAACAGCACCAACUAUCCAGCCUCUCGGAGGAAUCUAAGACUUGGGGUCUAUGGAGCUCUGGGAUUAGCACAAGGUGUAUGUGUGCUUGUUGCAAACCUCUGGAGUGCCUACAGUUUCACUCACGCAUCAAACAUCUUGCACAAGGAACUGCUGAACAAUAUCCUUCGAGCACCCAUGAGCUUUUUUGACACAACACCCAUAGGGCGAAUUGUGAACAGGUUUGCUGGCGAUAUUUCCACGGUGGAUGACUCCCUUCCUAUGUCCUUGCGCAACUGGGUGACGUAUUUCCUGGGGAUAAUCAGCAUUCUUGUCAUGAUCUGCAUGGUCACCCCUGUCUUCACCAUAGUCAUCAUUCCUCUUGGCAUUAUUUAUGUGGCUGUUCAGAUAUUUUAUGUGGCUACUUCCCGCCAGCUGAGGCGUCUGGACUCUGUCACCAGGUCCCCAAUCUACUCUCACUUCAGCGAGACUGUGUCAGGUUUGCCUGUUAUUCGCGCCUUUGAGCACCAGCAGCGAUUUCUAAGACACGGUGAGACGGGGAUCGAUACCAACCAGAAAUGUGUAUUUCCCUGGAUUGCCUCUAACAGGUGGCUUGCAGUUCGUCUGGACCUGAUUGGGAACUUGAUCAUCUUCUUUUCAUCCUCGAUGAUGGUUAUUUACAGAGAUACCCUAAGUGGGGACAUUGUGGGCUUUGUUCUGUCCAAUGCACUCAGUAUCACACAAAACCUGAACUGGCUAGUGAGGAUGACGUCAGAAAUAGAGACCAACAUUGUGGCUGUUGAGCGAAUCAAUGAGUAUAUAAAUGUGGAAAACGAGGCACCCUGGGUGAACGAUAAGAGGCCUCCAGCAAGUUGGCCCAAUAAAGGUGAGAUCCGCUUUAGCAACUACCAAGUACGGUACCGGCCUGAGCUGGAUCUGGUACUGAAAGGGAUCACUUGUGACAUCAGGAGCGCAGAGAAGAUUGGUGUGGUGGGCAGGACAGGAGCUGGGAAGUCAUCCCUCACAAACUGCCUCUUCAGAAUCUUAGAGGCUGCAGGUGGCCAGAUCACCAUCGAUGGAGUAGAUAUUGCCUCUAUUGGGCUCCAUGACCUUCGAGGGAAACUGACCAUCAUCCCCCAGGACCCCAUCCUGUUCUCUGGAAGCCUGAGGAUGAAUCUAGACCCUUUCGGCAGCUACUCAGAUGAGGAGAUCUGGAAGGCCCUGGAGCUGGCUCACCUUAAAUCCUUUGUGGCUGGCCUGCAACUUGGGUUGUCUCAUGAUGUGACAGAGGCUGGUGGCAAUCUGAGCAUAGGACAGAGGCAGCUGCUGUGCCUGGGCAGGGCUCUGCUUCGGAAAUCCAAGAUUCUGGUCCUGGAUGAAGCCACUGCUGCAGUGGAUCUAGAGACAGACCACCUCAUUCAGGCGACCAUCCGAAAUGAAUUCUCCCACUGCACAGUUAUCACCAUUGCCCACAGGCUGCAUACCAUCAUGGACAGUGACAAAAUAAUGGUCCUAGACAAUGGAAAGAUUGUAGAGUACGGCAGCCCUGAAGAACUGCUGCAAAACCAUGGCCCCUUUUAUUUUAUGGCCAAGGAAGCUGGCAUUGAGAAUGUGAACACCACAGCACUCUAG